AUGUCAUCCGGACUUCAGAGCUCGCAGAAACAACCCAUAGCCAUUGUCGGUAUCGCCGCCGACCUCCCCAGCGGAGACUAUGCACCAACUAAUUUGGACUACAAGAAAUUCAUGGAAUUCCUAUUGAAUAAAGGAGAAGCAUACGAAGAAAUUCCUAAAGAACGCUUUAACGUUAAAUCAUGGGCGGGAGAGACUCUCGGUCGAGUAAUUGCUACGCGUGGCGCUUUCCUCAAGGAAGUAGGAUCGUUUGAUCACGUCGAAUUCGGUAUAUCAGGAAAAGAUGCCCGGGCCAUGGCACCGAGUAUCCGUAAACUUGUCGAGUUAUCAUUUUUGGCCUUGCUUGAUGCGGGCAUUGAGUAUCGGGGUCGUGAUGUCGGCUGUUACGCUGCUGGCACAGCUUUCGACAUCUUAAGUAUCACAGAACCGGAUGAGUUCGAGGCCAAGGGUUCUUUCGCUGGAACACCCUCUAUGAUGGCCAACAAAAUAUCGUAUCACCUUGACUUGCAAGGACCUUCCGUCCCAAUGGACACUGCCUGCAGUUCAAGUUUGACUGCCUUACAUCUUGCUGUCCAGGCAAUUCGAGCUGGAGAGUGUGAAUCCGCUGUUGUUGCUGGAUGCCAGCUUAAUUUGAGAUUGGCUGAUUUUAUCCAGUACAGUCAAGCUUCUGUGCUUGCUCGGGAUGGCAAGUGCAAACCUUUUGACGCCGGAGCUGAUGGUUUCUCGCGAGGUGAAGGUGCCGUUGUAGUUGUCCUCAAGCCAUACGAAGAUGCUAUCAGGGAUGGUGACUACAUCUAUGGCAAUAUCCUUGGGUCGGGAAUUAACUCUUGCGGAGGUGUUGCUCCGGUUUACGCUCCUGUCGGUGACGCACAAGCCGAGGCUAUGCGCAAGGCUUACCUGGGUAUCGACCGCAACCCAAGAGAAGUCGAUUUCGUUGAAAUGCAUGCAACUGGUACUUCGGCCGGAGAUCCAGUGGAGAGUGAAUGGAUUGGUCAAUAUUUUAACAGGGAAGAGGAAUUAAUGAUCGGUAGUGUGAAGGGUAACAUCGGUCAUUUGGAAAUUACAGCUUUCCUUGCAUCUUUAUGUAAAGUGUGCGCCAUUCUGGAGACGGGAGUGGUGCCUCCUAAUGUCAACCUUACGAAACGUAAUCCCGCCAUCAAAUGGGGCCAAUACAAAUUCCAAGUUCCUCUUGAAGCCACACCAAUUAAGCCGCGUUCUGCAUCCGGAAAGCUGUUGGUUUCCAUGUCGAGCUUCGGUAUUGGUGGUGCCAAUGGUCACGUCGUUGUCGAGAGUCCAUCGCCUUUGGGCGAACCACAGGUUGUUGGUCAAGUUGCGACUGGCCCUGUUCUACUUGUGGCAGCUGGCUUGUCGCCUAGAUCCACAACUGCCAUCGCUGACUCCUUGGGUGGUGUUGUCAACAGUCAGCCCGAGAAUCUGGCGGCGGUUUCUGCCAUUUAUGGUCGUCGAGCCAGGCAGAUGACAUGGCGGUCCUUUGCUAUUGCUCGCCCAGGGCAGCAAGCUCAAGCUUUACAAUUCCCAGCACCAGCUUUAUCCCCCCGUAUUAAGCCACCUAUGGUCUUCUUGUUCUCUGGCCAGGGUCCUCAACAUAUUAACAUGGGUCGUCAGCUAUUUAAGAAAUUUCCAGUGUUCCGUGAUACAAUCAUGGAACUGGACGCUUGCCAUCGCGAAAUGACUGGUCACUCUUUGAGCGAGUUGGUCGGAUUAUUUGAAGAUGUCACACCCAUUGAAACUCUGCCCUCCAUAUGGCCAAUUUCUGUUAUUCUCCCUUCGCUCGCCAUGGUUCAGAUGGCGCUUUUCGACUUGCUAGUUAGCUUUGGCCUUCGCCCGGACAUGGUUAUUGGCCACUCCGCUGGUGAGACUACCUUGUUAUACGCAUCAGGAGCAGGCUCGAAGGUAAUGGCGAUGGAGAUUGCCAUUGCUCGCGGAAAGGCUAUGACUCUCGUUGAGAAAGCUAAUGGGACAAUGGCUGCUCUCACUUGCACUCCUGCACAAGCACAAGCCAUCAUCCACGCUGUCACUCGUAUGGAUGCUAAGAAGGGUAUCCUCGAAAUCGCGUGCUAUAACGCUCAUGAAGCUGUCGCCAUUGCAGGUCACACCUAUUUGGUAGAGAAAGCAGUAGAGUUGGCAGGAACAAGAGGUAUUCUUGCCCGUAAAAUUCAGACGGGUGUUGCUGUCCAUUCCAGCCUCAUGGAGGUUUGUGAGAAUUAUUACCGUUCGUUGGUCUCGGAAGUGUAUGCCAGACACCCUGGUGCGCACACGCCUGUAGUGCCGACUUACUCUACUGCUACGGGUGAUCUGAAAACGGACGAAUUCACCGAGGAAUACUUCUGGCAGAACAGCAGGAAUGCAGUUCUCUUCACUCAAGCCAUUGGUUCCAUCCUCAAGACUCACCCCAACGCUUGUUUCGUGGAAGUCAGCCCUCACCCAGUGUUGUCCACCUACUUGCAGGAACUUGGUGUUCCUAUGGGGUCUGUAGUGUGCCCCAUGCGCCGCUCCAAGAAAUUGGAGGAAUUCCACGAAGAAUCCAAGCUCCUGGAAGCACUUGGACAGCUUGUCGUCAUGGGUCACAAUUCUGUCAAUUUCUGUAUUCUCAACUCGCAGAAGGUUAUAUCGCAUUCCCUCACUAUUCCACCAUACCCAUUCGCGAAGAAGUUCGUGCCUUACCUUUCUGAGCAUUCCCGUGUCGCGCAGAAGCAAUUUGGCGUUCGUAACGGCCCAUUGAACCAUGUAGAUCUGCGCAUCAAUAAGCUCACACACCCUGAAAUUGCACAACAUCUUAUAAACGAUGAACCUAUCAUGCCUGCUGCAGGAUAUCUAGAAAUGGCUUUGGAGGCUGGUGCUAAGGUGCUCUGGAAUGUGAAGUUCCAUACAAUCCUGUCUAUGUCUGCGGAAAGCCCUGUACCAGUCGAGGUGGAGAUAGACCGUAUGCACUGGGCCGUGAAAUCUCGUGGCGGUUCUGCAAAUCUUAUGGAGGGUACCACUGUUGCAUCGCGUCUGCACGCCGAUGGAUUCAUGUCCAAGGUCCCAGUGGAUAAUCUGGAUAAUCUUAAUAUUGAGGCUAUUCGCAGUCGGUGCCAGCCGCGUAGCAUGGAGAAUUUCUAUGAUGCUCUAAAGCAUUUCGCUCAAUAUGGUCCCGUUUUCCGUCGUAUCACAGAGUUCAAUAUGGGCAUAGAUGAAGCCGUAUUGACUAUUCGGGGAGGGGCUGCUGAUCUACCUGGAUUUGAUAACUUUGUCAUUCAUCCUGCUAUCCUUGACGCAUGCAUUCAUGUGGUAGUGCAUCCUUCCUUCACGAGGAAUCCGGAUCACAAGGUUUACUACCUUCCGGCUCGGGUGGAGACUUUCAUGGUGCAUGAGCGCCUCUCCCAAGGUACUUUCCCUGGAACAGUGUAUGCACAUGCUCUAUUGAGAGAGUGGCGACCUUCUGAAUUGGUAACCGAUGUCACUGUGGUCGACUCUACUGGAACCAGACUAUGUACCAUGAGUGGGCUGGUCGUUGAGCGUCAUUACAACACUCUUCCUCGUACCAUUAGCAAACGAUUCAACGUUGCAUAUCAACCAUUUGGCAUCUCUCCACGUAUGCGCGUGCCCAAAGAGCACUCGGUUCCCCAUGGUGCAGAUCCAGAGGACGCAUUGUUCCGAAUUGCUCGUGCUGCGUUGAACCAUCUGACUGGUGUGUGUGGAAAGAAAACUAUUCGUAUUUUGGCUUUGGAUUACGGUUCUGGCGAACUGAACCGCCAGCUUUGCUCUUCGUUUGAAAAGAUUGUCCAAUCAGGUUCUAGCGUCGCCUAUUUCGUUAGCAUGAAAGAUUCCGCAUCUUUGGCACAGCAGGCUCUGCCGCGCUUUUGCAGACCGGUGUCUUUGGAUUUCUCAGAACCGUUGGAUAAGCAAGGCCUCCCGCAAGCCUCCUUCGAUGCUGUUAUCAGCCUUCAGGCAUUAGGAUCACGUGAUUCUCUUGACCAAGACCUUCAUCAGCUAAACUCUUUACUUCUUCCUGGAGGAUUCUUGCUACUCGCUGAACCUGCUCAACGAUCAUCGAAUACUCCUUCUAGUAGCCUGCAUACCUGCAGUGAAUGGCUUUCACUCUUCAGUUCUUUGGGAAUGCGUACUACUACCCACUGCGUGAAGGCUGAUACCUCGCCCUUCGUUGUCCUGGAAGGCCAGCGUCAAUCAAUCUCUUUUGCUCCCUCCUCGGGCGCACCGAAGGAAGAUAUAUUGUUCAUAUCAUAUGCUGUUGGCCGCGAAAUGGAGAUUCAGCGCAUACUGAAGGGCCUGGACAUUGACAAUCCAGCGAAGGUUUGGUUCACUGCUACGGAUCCCAUGGAUGCCGAUGGUGGAAGAGGGUUCACGCGUUCAGUUCGGCGUGAGUUCCCACUGUGGGAUAUCGGCUUUGCUAUCUUCGGCUUCCAGUGUCCUCGAGCUGAGCAGACCAACAUUAUCAAUCGUCUUCUAGCAACACCUGGUAUGGAACGGGAAGUUUAUGUCGAUGAGGAGUAUCAAGUAUUUGUCCCUCGCUUCCAUGAAGGUCCUACUGUGUCUCCUGGUACCAAGAUCGAACACGGUGAUUCGACCGAAUUAUCACCAUCCGAUGUGCAGGUCACUGUUGUCGCUUCGUCUCCCUCAGAUGCUGGGUUCUAUGGCGUUGUUGGGCGUGUGACGAAUGUUGGUGAUGAAUCAGACGCAUCUUUGGUCGACUCCUUGAUAACUACCGUCGUGAAGAGCGCACCGACAAAGCACCUGAGGGUGCACAGGGGUGCUGUAACACCUGUCCCGGAUGAACUUGAUGCGCAAGUCGUGGCAUCUGUCAUCCCAGUUUUAUUGAUCGGUGGUUUGGCUAUUGGCGCAGGAGCUCUUCGGGAUCCAUCGCGCAUGAAAUCGGGUCGUAUCGUUGUUACUCACAGUGACACGGCCACUGGUCAGGCACUCGCCUGGUUCCUGCAUACUUUGGGUCUCCAACCCAUUGGUGUAGGCUCCAAAGCUUCGCCGUUUGAACUUUCGAAGCUCGCUCUCCGCAACGGGGACCUGGUUUUGUCUGGCUACAGUCACGACAAUCAACUUUUGACAAGCUUCGUUGCCGAGGGAACUCGUGUGUUCUCUUGGGCCACAAGCAUAAAUCUCGCACACACUCUUUCCAGCGACCCUUGGCUUGUUGGCGAUACUUUGCAGGCUGCAGUUGACAUAUCCUCGGAAUUCGAGCUGCCUAAUGUAAAAGUGCUCAGUGGGCCUAGUACCGAAUCAUCUUCUGCGAGCUCCAAGUUAUUCAAGGCUGAUGAGGCAUAUCUGCUGGUAGGAGGUGUUGGAAGUUUGGGUAUGCACAUUGCUCUGUGGAUGUACGAAAAAGGCGCUCGGCACAUCGUCUUGACAUCUCGAUCCGGCCGCCAGUCCUUAGAACGCGCAAAUGAUAUUUUAGCCAUGCGAAUGCUCAGUUACCUUGAGACCAGACCAGACCUAGACCUCAAAAUAGAGGCUUCAGACGCUACCUCUUUAGAAGCAUUGCAGAAGACGCUCGCGGGUGUUACGCGUCCUAUAGCUGGUUGCAUGCUUUUACCCGCAAUCUUAAUUGACAGAGGGUUCUUCUCGCAGGAUGCUUCGAGCUUCAAGACCGUCUUCGACUCAAAACUGCGUGUGUUCGAGACAGUGGAGGCUGGUCUUGAUAUUGCGAAGUUGGACUUCUUGGUUACGUUCUCGUCUGUCGUAACCUUUGGUAAUGCAGGCCAGACCAAUUAUGCAAGUGCGAAUACGGUGGUGGAAGGCAAGACAGCACAAUACAGGAAUGCCUUUUCUAUCAUCACCCCGGCCAUUACCGACACUAUCGCUAUGGUCGGCAGAGCUGAUCUCGACUUCCAAGUACAUGGACGGCACUUAUUGGCCUGGUCCUACUCUGCUAGAGAGCUUUGCAACUGCAUUGAGGAUGGACUUUUCAAGCUUCAGGAUGAACCCUUCAAACUUUAUGUUCCAGACCUUGACUGGGAGCUUGUCGAAAAGCAUCUAGGACCUUCUCCGCUCUACGAGCAUUUAAUUCCACGAUCUGCCUCUGUGCAAUCUGCGCCGUCCGGAGAAAGCGCUGCUGAUGCACUUCGUAACGUUGUUUUACAGUUCCUUGAUGUGGACCCAGCCGACUUCUCUGUUGAUGUCCCCUUCACUUCAUAUGGGAUUGACUCUCUGUCCGCUGGUAGACUGUCCUACGCUUUACGACCAUUCAUCACGAUUUCACAAAUUCAACUCCUUGGUGACAUCAGUCUUGCUGACGUCGAACGCCGUAUUGAAGCCGAGUCUCAGACUGAGGAUAUCUCUAACCCCGGCUCUGCACAUGAUGUCCAGAAGGAUGGUGGCUCUGGAGUGCAACAACCGGUAGUGAAGAUAGCAGAUUACGAAGGUGAUACGCCAUUGAUCCUUCUCCACGGUGCCAGCGGCAGCAUUCUCCCCUUCAUGUCUAUGAAGCAGAACUUCAGGACCUCGUUGUGGGCUCUUCAGACUACUCCAGAAACGCCUGUGCAUUCGAUUAGAGCCAUUGGUCAGUACUACUACGAACACAUUAAGGCAGCUCGGCCGCAUGGACCAUACCGUCUUGCUGGUUUCUGCGGGACUUCCACUAUUAUCUUUAUGGUCGCGCGUAUCAUGCAGGAUAAUGCAGACGAAGUUGUUCAGCUGGCUAUUCUUGAUCACUUCCCUCUCUUGUGGGCCUCACCCCUCGUUAAGCCUGACGAAGAGAGCAUCAACUUGCGCACAUCUGGUCCCGCUGUCCUGAAGCGAACUAUGGACACUAUGCUGCAAUUGUAUAGAAUCGACGGCGCGCCCUCACGUGUUCGUACCGCUGAGGACUUUGAUAAAUUGAUGGAUGGUCACGAGGUUUCUCCUCAAGUUCGCGGUUGGAUGGAUACCAUAACCAGUCUUCUUGCCGCCACUUACGAAUUCAUGUUCGAGUUGCUCCCUGCCGACGAACCUUACUCGGUCGACGCAUUGCGAGAAGCAUUUGCAGGCUGGUUGAGAGAGCUGCGUGUACCUAUCACCAUGUACAUGGCAUCGGGGGGUUAUAUUGCAUUGAUUCCUGAGGAAGAGAAACAAGGCUGGGAGCAGUACUCGAUUCAUUCGGUGUAUCCUGAUGCCAAAGUCAUGGGAUUCGAAUGCAGCCAUUUCCAAAUCUUAGACUUGCCAGAGCUUGCAGAGGAAGUCCAACGUGGCUGGUGAUUUUUACGUCGUUUUUCGCUAUGAGAUGCUCGAUGGUCGCUGAUGACAUGGACAUAUAUAC